AUGGCUGCUCCCACCGAGAGUUCCGAGGAUGUCAAUGAUUUCCUUGAGCGCAUCCGGGAACUAGGCGACCGCCGUGACAAGGAAGACGACGAGCGGACCAAGAAACUAGAGGAGGAGAUCCUGCAGGGCCGGAAGGAAAGGCAAGCCCGGAGAGCUGAGCGUGCACGAUCACUCGCCCUCACCGACGAUUCAUCCACCCUCAAUAUCGCACGAAUGAGCACUUCAUCUAUCAGCACCCGGUCGAUCGACCCUCCGGAACUCCUUGAGCCAACGCUGAAAACACCGCAAACCCCAGGACCCGAGCCACCAAUCCCGAGCGUGGAUUCGAGUCAAGACAUGGAGCCCUCCGAUGCCGACAAGCGGCGGGGAUCAAUCCCGGAUCUCGGAUUGGAUCUCGGAUUAGAUUCUCCCUCGCGGACACGACUACCCAUGUCUCGCAACCGCGCAGGGACUUUGUCAUGGCAGCAACGCCCCUCCUCACGGGACUUCGGCAUGUCACCCGCUUCAACAUCCCCAACUCGCUCCCCAACUCGUGCAAGCCACCUGAGAAAUUUGUCUACGGCAUCGGAUGAGAAUACACUGUCUAAACUCCAAUUCGGAUUCCCGCAGCCCAGGAAGGAUGCCCCUGUGCUCCCUCCAUCACCGGACCGCGGGGCUGAGUCGACAGUACACAGUGAGAAAGAGGAACAGAUGGAUAGCCAAACAGACGUGAUUGUGGAGCAUCAAGAGCCCGAGGUGGUCGAAGACCCAAAUACCGAACUAGAUCAACAGGAAGCAGUAGAAGAGACAUCAUCGUCGCCCCCGAGGACUGGUUCUCGCGAUAGCAACAUGAGCCAUCGCUUCUCUGUAUCGUCGGUUUCGGCCACUGGACUGGGGUCGCCAGUGCACCUGUCAGAGACUCCGAAGCUCGAGCCUCGACAGAAUGAUUCCUCGUUGGAGGAGUCCAUGUCGCCGUCUCCUACCCAGCGGCGGAUGUCACCAGAGCGAACACGGUCGACCUCACCCACCAAGGGCCUGGGAGGCUUUGUUCAGAGUGCUAUGAUGAGAAGAUCAGAUAGUGUGUCAAAAAGGUGGAGUGCACAAACUCCACAGGGGCUUGGGCGGUCAAAUUCCAUUGUGUCAAACCGCAGCAGUGUGGCUGGUCCAAGUUUGAGUGAAAUGACCCCUCCAACUCUUGGACGAAUCAAUCGUGACCCUUCAACUCUCCUACAACGACCAGGCUCCAGCCACAGCGAGGCAGCCACCGAGACACCCGAACGACCAACCACAGCGGAUAAAGACAGUGUGAAUUUUGACAGCCCAGGAAAAUCAUUCCGACCUGGUCACUCUCGCUCUGCUAGCUCUGCCACCGCAGAAGGCAGUGAAUCUCAAGGUCCGUUUGUCUCGAAAACAAUGGACCCCAGGCGCUGGAGCCCCAACAAGGCUUCUUGGUUGGAGAGUGCCCUCAACCGACCCGAGCUACCACGACAAACCAGCAGACCCCCCUCGCAGCCCAACUGGGCCAAAGACCGACAGUCGAAAGGUAGCGUGGAUUUGGGACGAGUCAACAAUUUCAAGGAAGUUACCCCUCUCGGUUUGAUGCGAACACCCCCGCCAGGAACUCAUACAAAACUACCUGGUCUCUCUGUUCCAUCGCUUCCUACAAGCCCUAUCAAAGAUGGUGUUCCAGAGUCUCCAAUAGGAUUCCCUCUGAAGAAGAUUGGUAUCCCUGGUCCAUCGGUUCCUACGACCCCUAUCAAGGAUCCUGAGUCUCCUAUAGGAUUCCCUCUGAAGAAAGUUGGUGUCUCAGGCUCGUCUCUUCACAGGAACUCCGUCUCAGAUCCUCCCUCGGAAUUCCCUUUCAAGAAAUCCGGCACCCCUGGAGGGUCAGUCAGUGGAAGCCCCGAAGGCAAGCUCAGAGAUGCAGUACCCGAGUCUCCCUUGGGAUUCCCUCUCAAGAAGCCCCUCAGUGCGGGUUCGUCACUCCACAGGGACUCUGUCUCAGAGACCCCGGUGGAUUUCCCACUCAAGAGACCUGGGACCGCUGGAGGGUCAGUUAGUGGAAGUCCUGAAGGCAAGCUCAAAGACACCGCACCCGAGUCUCCCUUGGGAUUCCCUCUCAAGAAGCCCCUCAGUGCGGGUUCAUCACUUCAUAGGAACUCCAUCUCAGAUCCUCCCUCGGAAUUCCCACUCAAGAGGCCCAGUGUCUCUGGUCACUCAGUUUCUGGAAGCAUUGCUACCGUUCCUGAAUCUCCGUCGGAGUUUUCAUCCAAGAAACCCAGUAUUUCUGGUUCCACAAUCCCCGGAACCCCCGAUGGCAAAUCGAAGGAGAUAGUUCCACAAUCUCCGUCAGUUCUCGGUGGCCCUGACGCUGGACAAACAGAAGAGGAAACCCCAGCUUCUCCAUCGCCUGUCGAGGAAUCUCUCAAUGCCCUAUCAAGCGACGCACCAGCGGAGGAACCCAAGUCUACUUCUCCCGUUGAAACGGAGAAUGAUUCGCAAGAACUACCUGCAUCUGAAGAGUCCGAGCCUCAAUCUACUCCCACUCGCAGGGACCCUCCCGACUCUUUGAGCCCCAAACCAAACUUUUCCAUCUCUACUUCUUCGCGGGUGCCCAUUUCACCCAUGGUGAAGCCACAGUCUCCCGUGCUGGACUUCCGAGCAAACCUGCGAAAACGAGAAGUCGUCAAAGACAACGGAGAGGACAAAGAACCAGAAUUUAAAAAUGUAUUUGGACGCCUCAAAAAGAUUGAACCUCGCAGCUACGUUCCUCCUGAUGCGCUCAAGGGCAAUAUCCUACUAGGCAAAGCUGCGCUGAAUAACACCGGCGGACCAAAGAAGACCGAGCGAGUUGAUGAAUUUAGGAAGAGCCUUGUGGUACGCAAAGAUGAAAUGAAAGCCGGCGGGGGCUCCAUCAGACGGAAUACUGCUGGAGAGCAGGAUGCGCCACCAAGACAAACUGAGUUCGUACCAGAAGCAAUUACUAUGCGACAAAAUAUGACCCGGGCAAACAGCAUCAAGCAGCCACUUGUGGGUGAGCCGGUAUCGCCUACUAAAAGCUUUGCUUCUCGAAUUUCGCAGGACAGACCAUUGUCGUCCCCGAAGUCAUCUAUCAAAGGCAUCGGUUCAUCGCGAGCUUCCCAGGAACAACAACCAUUGUCGCCAUAUGCUGCCGAUGAUGAGCCGACAUCGCCUGCUAAAAGCUUUGCUUCUCGUGCUUCGGACAAAGCAUUGUCCUCCCCGAAUUCAUCUUUCAAAGGAAUCGUUUCAUCGAGAGCUUCUCAGGAUCAACAACCAUUGUCGCCAUAUGCUGCCAAUGACGAGCCGACAUCGCCUGCUAAAAGCUUUGCUUCUCGUGCUUCGGACAAACCAUUGUCGUCCCCUAAUUCAUCUUUCAAGGGAAUCGUUUCAUCGAGAGCUUCUCGGGAACAACAACCAUUGUCGCCAUUCCCUGCUAAUGAUGAGCCGGGCUGGCCCUUGAAAGACACCAGUUCCUCGCGUACAUCUCAACAAUCACAGCCGUUCUCACCGUUCCCUGCCGAUGAUCCCAGCGAUGAGCCAGAGGAGACAAUCCCCGCGGCGAGCGACUACAAGCAAACCCCCGAGGUGGUAUCUUCAGUGAAACAGGAGGAAACCCCCAAAGCCGUUACACCAAUUGAGCAUAGCAUGGUGAAGAUGCAGGAACCCUCAGUCAGGACACUCCGCCCAGUUCGUCAAUGGCCACCGGCACCUGUUGCAGAGGCUACUGUGACUCCAACUCUAGCACCUAAAAGCAAAUUGGCGGGCCGAAUCAACCCUGCGCUAGCUGGCCUACUUUCUCGUGGCGCGCCUGCCGGUGACGGACCGAAGAAGCAACUGGCAACCCCUGUCUCAGCGCCGAGUAACCCUGCCUCGCCAUCUGCGCCUCUCACGCACGUCACAAAGGGUCGUGCCAGAGGCCCGAAGAGACGACUUCCCCAGACAAUUGAUGUCUCGACCCCGCCCGCUCGGAAUGCUAUUAAGGAGGUUGGUGCUAUUUCCUCUGAAGCCACCCCGCCAGAGACUCCUACAAUCCCUGUUGAGUCCUUGGACAUCGAUUCGGAGUACCUGUCGCAGUCUGAUGAAGACCCAGUUCCUGACAUCAAAACCCCCCGUGCAGACAGCGCAGUCACCGAGCAAUUUCCGGAGGUAAACACUCCUCCCCAGGAUACCCUCAAACGUGAUACGCCCACACCCGAAAGUAAUUUCCAGCGCGCUCUUCAGACCCCUUCCCUAACAACGAAUUUCGACAUGUUUCCCUCCGCCAAUCUUGAGGCGACACCCAGGGACCCCGAAAGCCCUGGAGAGGUGAGUCCAUCUAGCGGACCACCCGUCCCGCCGAAGUUUGAUUCUCCCGUCUCCCCCUUGCCUGUAACGACAAAGACACAAUGGGGCCAGCAAAACCGGUUUACGUCCUCAUCACCGUACGCUCUCCUAACAAGCCAGAAAGUGAACCAAAUAGAAUCACCUAUGAGUCAGGAGAAGAGCAUCCCCGAUGUUACCGUCGAGUCAUCACGCAGUUCCGUCUCACGGCCCAUGAGCCAUCCCUCCCCGCCAGUACCUCCUAAAGACGAUGAUGUUAUGCUCCAUAAGCCACCCAAUCCGCGCAGACUUUCAAGAAAGAUGUCCGCUCCAUCACUAGUGGCGCAAGCUAGUGAGGCACGUGAGGUAAUUGCGGGCUUCUUCAAGACAAUCCCUAACGCUCGAAACCGCAUGGACAUUGAUCCCCAGCUGAUGGUAAUGCGUAAGCCGGAUGAUGUUAAGAUCAGGACCGUGAAGCUACAUAUCUGGGAGCUCACAGGUGAUGGGAGGCGUCAGGAACUUCCUUCCCACCUGGAGUACAUCCUAUACCAAGGCAGCAUGUAUCUCUGCGUGCAUAUAUUCGAGACCGAACGAGGCAACGUUUCGGAAGUAUACCUUUGGCGUGGAGACGAUGUCCCCGACGCCUCGGUGGAUAAUGAACAGCCGUUCGCACGCAAAGUCGCUCGUGAAAAUAGCUCCAAGUUGCAAAUCAUUCGACAAGGCAAUGAGCCCAGGCGGUUCAUCCAAGCGCUUGGUGGCAUUAUGAUCACGCGUCGGGGAUCCAGCUCCCGCCACAAUUCAUCGGCUCUCUACAUGCUUUGUGGCCGGAAACACUUGGGCGAGAUGACCUUCGAUGAAGUAGAUUACUCGCUGCGCAAUCUCUGCUCUGGUUUCCCUUACGUUGUCUCUGCUCCGUUUGGCAAGCUCUACCUAUGGAAGGGCAAAGGCAGUGGCCCUGAAGAGACCGGUGCAGCCCGACUUAUCGGCAUGGACCUAGGUCUGACUGGAGAGUUCGAAGAAGUCACCGAGGGUGAAGAGCCCGACGAUUUCUUCGAUGUCUUCGCAGGGCCCAGAGAGGCCGCACCGCACAUGUGCCAGGAUUACUGGAAGCUCAAGCCGAAGUACAACCACUUCGGCAUGCGACUCCUCCGCGUCGACCACGAAGUGAACCCGCCAACUCGUUUCUGGAAUAUCCGCCGUCCGGGCGCGGGUGCACCAGUGGUCAAUGCCAACGAUUGCGUUCAAGAAAUCGAGCCAUUCUGCUACCGAGACAUCGUCGAGAAAGAUGUUUACGUUCUGGACACCUUCUUUGAGAUCUACGUUAUUGUCGGUGAGCAAGCCUCACAGAAGUCUGCCGAUUUCGCCUCGGCAGUGGUCUUCGCGCAUGAAUAUGGUAUUCUUGCCACAUCCCUCCAGGACCGACCAUUCAUCCCCAAGAGUUACGUGGCCCUCGGCGGCAUCCCCGACCGCUGCCAAAGCGCAUUCCGCAAAUGGAACCCACGUGCCCAGCAUGCGCCUUUCGUGUUCUCUCUGGACGUUGUUAUCGAGGCGAUUCGAUCACCAGAGGAGAAUUGA